AUGUCUCUGCUCGAUAUUCGAAAAUUUGAUUCCCUCUCACUCAAAAGUCACUUGUCAAGUGCUUGUCUUGUUUUGCUUCUUGUCUUAUUUUGUAUUAAAGCUAAAUCCAUAACUCUUCAUUCUGCUUCCUCCUCCUCUGAUUUCACUCCCGUUGAAGUCCAUUUAGCUUUUACACAAAUUCCCAAUCAAAUCGUUGUUUCCUUUCAUACAUUAAAUUACGAUGAAAAAUUAUUGGGAUUUCCAAUGAUUAAAUUUUCACACAAAGAUCGAACAUUGAAAGGAGAGUUUCAGACAGCAACACUUGGAAAUGUCGUGACACAAUACGGAGAAGUCUCGCAUACUGGAUAUGAUUUUAAUGUCUUGUUGAGUAAUUUGGAAUUUGACAAGUUGUAUUAUUAUCAAUGCACGUUUACAAGAAAUGAAAAUGUGUCAAGUGACAUUUAUCAUUUUCAUACAAGAACUGAUCCACAAAGUCCGGAGAGUUAUGAAACCACUGUCAUUUCGUAUGGUGAUCAAGGAAUUUUAAACAGUUAUUACGUCAUGGAACGUGUCAAGGACUACAUUUCAAAGUUUUACAAUUCCAGUCAAAAGAAUUUGUUUGUUUAUCAUUUAGGUGACAUUUCAUACGCCGAUGAUUAUCCUGGAUUAAUUUAUCAAGCUGUUUGGUCUUGGUAUAUGAACAAAAUGACAUCCAUCAUGCCCUAUGUGUCUUAUAUGGUUCUUCCAGGAAAUCAUGAAAUGGGUCCUUUACAUCAUCCUUAUUAUUCCUUUGAAUUGGGAUUUCAAGCAUUGAAUCAUCGAUUUUUCAUGCCUCUUCGAAACAACUCUAAUUUUGGACAUAAUAUGUGGUAUUCAUUUGAAUACGGUCCAAUUACGUUUGUUUCCAUCUCUACUGAAACCAAUUAUCCUGAAAACUUCUUUCCUGAAUAUGUGUUUAAGGGUGAUCAAUUAGCAUGGCUAGAACAAACUUUGGCAAAAAUUGAUCGAAAACGAACUCCAUGGGUGAUUGUCACUGGUCACAGACCAAUUUAUUCGAGUGCUGUUGGUUAUAGCAAUUCUCACGGAAUUCCAGAUGGACAAAGCGUGCCUGUACAACAAGCAUUUGAGGAUUUACUUGUGAAAUAUCAUGUUGAUAUCAUGUUAGUGGGUCAUGUACAUUCCUAUGAAAGAACCUAUCCAGUCUACAAGACACUAGUCGAAAGAAAAGAUAAUUUCCACAAUUUAAGAUAUCCUAUUCAUAUUGUCAAUGGAGCCGGUGGUUGCAUUGAAGGUCUCACAUGGAGCUUUAUGUAUCAUUGGGGCAUCAAUUGGAGUGCACACAUUUACAACAAGGACGAAGGUUAUGGCAUUUUGAAAACUUCCUUCAAUCCUCAAUCGAAAAUUCAUUCCUUAACCUUCUCCUUCUAUUCUGCUGGAGAAAAUCAAUUAAUUGAUUCAGUCACCAUUACCAAAGAUGAUCUUUGA